AGCUUGCGCAAUCUGUUAAUGGGAACCAGCAGCCCGCAUUGGCAACAGUGUCGUCGUCGUCGUCGUCGUCGCAAUCAUCGCUGGCCUGAAUAGUAGCAUGUGGAGCCCGCGCCAAACGGUAGAUCUUCGCGAGCCACGCGUACUGUCCCGAACCUCCACCAUCUACCGCCCGCUCCACCUCCAACACACUGACCACCGCCGUUGGCCACCAUCUUAUUACUCUGCACGCAUGGUCCAUGUCUUGUGUUCAAGUCCGAUGCCUGCGUCCACGAUGCUGUUGCUGUUGCUGUCUGCGUCCAAGGCCUCGUCAGCGUACCCUGGACAGGUGCAUGCUUGCUCAUGUGGCCGCGGAGCUAAUUUGGCUUCAUCGCCUGCGAGUCAUUUCGGGUCAUCUUGUGCGACGGGACGGGAAUUCGCACGUCUCGCCGCCAUUGGAUUUCCUAGGCGCACUGCAUGGAUCGCCAGAAUUCACGUGUAGGGCUACGAGUCCUCAAGACCGUUUUGUAAUUGUCAAAGAGCAUUCGUAUAGCCCCACAAAGCUAAUCCGUCUCUCGUGAACGUGAUAGCGACUGCAAUGUAUCUUGAAGAUGCUAGGCGUAGGCUUUGGGCU